UAUUCCAAUUCCUGCGUUUACCGAAUAUGUUGUGUUCUUGCAGAAUGACGUAUGUUAGAUAUGCAGUAAACUCGAGGGUCGGCUUUGACCACAUCGCCACUUAUCGGUUUGCGGAUGCUGGAAAAGUCAGUCUAGUGAUGAGGCUGAGUGAGCCAUCGUCAGUUACUAUUUUAUCGUGAAACUCUGAACAACGAGAUUGUCCCGGAUAUUCAAAUGAGGAACAAGGCCCAAUAGUCCGAUCAAAGUGGGCUAUUCGUAUCGCUUACGAGGCCUAUACGAUGGUAAUUGAAUUCACGCGCAUUCAUCAGCGCGUGAUUUGGAGUUGCUCAAUUUCAGAUCGCACAGGCUCUGUUAAUCAUCUCCUCCUCCGAAAGACAGAGAAAGAGACAAAUCAAAUUCAUUCAUAUCAAAGAGAUAGAGAGAAAAUGUCCGGUGUGGCUAUUCAUGCGAGUUCAUGGGGCGCGGCUCUGGUGAGAAUCUCCCCGUACACUUUCUCCGCCAUCGGAAUCGCCAUCUCCAUCGGCGUCUCUGUUCUUGGUGCUGCCUGGGGAAUUUACAUUACCGGAAGUAGUUUGAUCGGUGCCGCCAUUGAAGCUCCUCGAAUCACUUCCAAGAAUCUCAUCAGUGUAAUCUUCUGUGAAGCCGUGGCUAUAUACGGUGUUAUUGUGGCAAUCAUAUUACAAACGAAGUUGGAGAGUGUACCAUCAUCAAAGAUGUAUGAUGCUGAGUCUCUAAGAGCUGGAUAUGCAAUCUUUGCUUCUGGAAUCAUUGUUGGAUUCGCAAACCUUGUAUGCGGGUUAUGUGUAGGAAUCAUUGGAAGCAGUUGCGCAUUGUCUGAUGCUCAGAACUCGACGCUCUUUGUUAAGAUUCUUGUGAUUGAGAUCUUUGGGAGUGCUCUCGGGUUAUUUGGAGUUAUCGUUGGGAUUAUUAUGUCAGCUCAAGCUACAUGGCCUACAAAAUAGAGAUAUAUAAACUGGUAACUUAUGGACUUGUACUCUAUAGUCUAUACAUUCUAUGAUCUAUUUUUCAAAGUUCCGGAUAAAAAUUACACUUCUUUGCUGUUAUAUCUCUUGUGUAGAAGAAAAACCAUGUGUGAUUAAGAUUCUCCUUGAGUUGAAUCCCUAUUUUUUGGUAAUGUUCAAAUUUGGUAAUAAGUCACUUGGAGAAACCUCUUCAUGCUUGUACUCUUUGGUUCUCUUUUGACAAAUGAUAAGAGAGUCUGUAAAUUUUUGAUGAGCAUUGAAUGAGCUUUAAACUCUGCAGGCUUCUGUUGUUGUCAAACUCAGUUUAUUGUAUGUGAAAGGAAAAUACAAAAAAUAACAAUACAUUUUUCA